AAAAUGGUCUUUUUGCUAUUCCUGGUCAUCUUGGUUUUGAAGGGAGAUGUCUGUGGGAACUGGGGGCUUUUGGUUUCUGCACAGGCCAACGAACGACGGGUGGUGGCCUACGUGCCCGGUGACAUUGUCAUUGGAGCGUUGUUUUCCGUCCACCAUCAGCCGAGCGUUGACAAAGUCCACGAGAGGAAAUGUGGAGAGGUGAGGGAGCAAUAUGGCAUCCAGCGAGUGGAGGCGAUGCUUCAUACCCUGGACAGGAUUAACGGGGACCCAACGCUGCUGCCGAACAUCACGUUAGGCUGCGAGAUAAGGGAUUCGUGCUGGAAUUCGGCGGUGGCCCUUGAGCAGAGCAUUGAGUUCAUCAGGGAUUCUCUCAUCUCGGCGGAAGAGGAGCAAGGGCUCAUGAAGUGUGUGGACGGGUCCUCGUCUUCGUUCCACUCCAAGAAGCCCAUCGUCGGGGUCAUUGGGCCUGGGUCCAGUUCCGUGGCGAUCCAGGUCCAAAACCUGCUGCAGCUUUUCAACAUACCUCAGAUCGCUUAUUCGGCCACGAGCAUGGACCUCAGCGACAAGACCUUGUUCAAGUACUUCAUGAGAGUGGUCCCCUCGGAUGCUCAGCAAGCAAAGGCAAUGGUGGACAUUGUCAAGAGAUAUAACUGGACUUACGUCUCGGCUGUACAUACUGAAGGAAACUACGGCGAAAGUGGAAUGGAAGCCUUCAAAGACAUGUCGGCCAAGGAAGGGAUCUGCAUCGCCCAUUCCUACAAGAUCUACAGCAACGCCGGGGAACAAAGCUUCGACAAGCUGCUGGAGAAGCUCAGGAGCCACCUACCCAAGGCGAGGGUCGUGGCGUGCUUUUGCGAGGGCAUGACCGUGCGAGGGCUACUCAUGGCUAUGAGACGCUUGGGGCUGGCCGGAGAGUUUUUACUGCUAGGCAGCGACGGCUGGGCAGACAGGUACGAUGUGACAGACGGUUACCAGCGGGAAGCUGUUGGCGGAAUAACGAUCAAGCUCCAGUCUCCCGACGUGAAGUGGUUUGAUGACUAUUACCUGCAGCUUCUGCCCGAAACCAACCUCCGAAACCCCUGGUUUCAGGAAUUUUGGCAGCACCGCUUUCAGUGCCGGCUGAAAGGGUCCCCCCAAGAAAACCCGAAAUUCAACAAGACCUGCAGCAGUAAUCUGACCUUGAGAAUGCAACACGUGCAGGAUUCUAAGAUGGGCUUUGUGAUCAACGCAAUCUACUCCAUGGCGUACGGCCUCCAUAACAUGCAGACGGUGCUGUGCCCAGGCUAUGCAGGUCUUUGCGAUGCCAUGAAACCAAUCGACGGACGGAAACUCCUGGAUGCUCUGAUGAAGGCCAACUUCACUGGGGUUUCUGGGGACAUGAUCUCAUUUGAUGAGAAUGGCGAUUCGCCAGGACGGUAUGAGAUCAUGAAUUUCAAGAAGAUGGGGAAGGAUUAUUUCGACUACAUCAACGUUGGCAGCUGGGAUAACGGGGAGCUGAAAAUGGACGACGAUGAAGUCUGGUCGAAGAAAAACACCAUCAUCCGAUCUGUCUGCAGUGACCCUUGCGAGAAAGGAGAGAUCAAGGUUAUCCGCAAAGGAGAAGUCAGCUGCUGCUGGACUUGUACACGAUGUAAAGAGAAUGAAUUUGUCUUCGAUGAAUACACCUGCAAAGCGUGUGACCUGGGAUCCUGGCCCACUGAGGACCUCACAGGUUGCGAUUUAAUCCCAGUCCAGUACCUCCGAUGGGGAGAUCCAGAACCCAUCGCAGCGGUUGUUUUUGCCUGCUUGGGUCUCCUGGCCACCAUGUUUGUCACCGCUAUCUUCAUCAUGUACCGCGACACGCCGGUGGUCAAGUCCUCCAGCCGGGAACUCUGCUACAUCAUCUUAGCCGGCAUCUUUUUGGGUUACCUGUGUACCUUCUGCCUCAUCGCCAAGCCCCAGCAGAUCUACUGCUACCUUCAAAGAAUCGGCAUCGGCCUCUCGCCUGCGAUGAGCUACUCCGCCCUGGUGACCAAGACCAACCGCAUUGCCAGGAUCCUCGCAGGCAGCAAGAAGAAGAUCUGCACCAAGAAACCGCGCUUCAUGAGCGCCUGUGCCCAACUGGUCAUUGCGUUUAUCUUGAUCUGCGUGCAGCUGGGCAUCAUCGUAGCCCUCUUCAUAAUGGAGCCACCAAAUAUCAAGCACGAUUACCCGAGCAUCCGAGAAGUGUACCUGAUUUGCAACACCACCAAUUUGGGGGUCGUGACUCCCCUCGGAUACAAUGGCUUGCUCAUCCUGAGUUGUACUUUCUAUGCGUUCAAGACCAGGAAUGUCCCCGCAAACUUCAACGAGGCCAAGUACAUUGCCUUCACGAUGUACACCACGUGUAUCAUCUGGUUGGCCUUUGUGCCGAUUUAUUUCGGGAGCAACUAUAAGAUCAUCACAAUGUGCUUUUCGGUAAGCCUGAGCGCCACCGUGGCUCUGGGCUGCAUGUUCGUACCGAAGGUGUACAUCAUCCUCGCCAAGCCAGAGAGGAACGUGCGUAGUGCGUUUACCACUUCCACUGUGGUCCGCAUGCACGUCGGGGAUGGGAAGUCUUCUUCUGCGACAAGCCGUUCCAGUAGUCUGAUCAACUUGUGGAAAAGAAGAGGAUCUUCUGGAGAGACUCUAAGGUACAAAGGCAGGAAGCUGGCUCAGCACAAGUCGGAAAUAGAGUGUUUCACUCCAAAAGGGAGUAUGGGCAAUGGUGGGCGAGCGACCAUGAGCAGCUCCAAUGGGAAAUCAGUCACGUGGGCCCAGAACGAGAAGACCACGAGCCGAGGGGCCCACCUAUGGCAACGGCUUUCAGUCCACAUCAACAAAAAAGAGAACCCGAACCAGACAGCGGUGAUCAAGCCAUUCUCCAAAAGCACAGACAGCAGCCGCCAUGGCGGCUCCGCCACCUCGUUUCCAGAACCGAGUGCCAAAACACUUUAUGAUGUCUCUGAAGCGGAGGAGCACUACCCCGCUCAAUACCGAGUCCAGACCCCCUCUCCCAUCAGCACUGUCAGCCACAGGACUGAGUCUCUGAGCCGGACAGAAGACGACGCCCCGACGUUCCAGUCAGAGUCAGCCCAGCGCAGCAGCUCCUCCCAAGGCUCCCUGAUGGAGCAGAUCAGCAGCGUGGUGACCCGCUUCACCGCCAACAUCAGCGAACUCAACUCCAUGAUGCUGUCCAACACCACACCAGGAACGAUGGUGGCCACUCCCCUGUGCUCUUCUUACUUGAUCCCGAGAGAGAUCCAGCUUCCAACAACCAUGACGACUUUCGCCGAGAUCCAGCCUCUCCCCGCCAUUGAGGUGAAUGGAGCAUCCCAGUCAAGCAGGAAGCCAUCUUGCGGGAGCGUCAAGGAAGGGCCUUCUACAGAAGCGCUGCCGGUGGUCCCCAAGCCAGAGCUUGAAGAGUUGGUAGCUUUGACCCCUCCUUCCCCUUUCAGGGACUCGGUCGAUUCUGGUAGUGCGUCACCCAGUUCACCGGCAUCCGAAUCCGCCCUUUGUAUCCCUUCCUCACCCAAAUAUGACUCACUUAUUAUAAGAGAUUAUACUCAAAGUUCUUCUUCGUUGUGAAUGUAGUUCGAGCUCAGCCUUGGAUCUCUACAAACCAACAGGGAGGGGAGGACAGACCUCCAAGAUCUCCAGCGUUUACAGACACAGUGAGAGUAAAUGGGUCCUCUUGAACACCAUGGAAGGGGGACAUUCGAAGGAUAGGUGAAUUUAAACACACACAAAAUAAAACUUUUAGCAGAUUUUUGUGGCCUUAAAAACAUGGGCUUUUAAAAGGAAAAAAAAAACACUGCAUCUAUUUCCGAGGGCUUAUAAGGAGUCUCUUUAUUCACUUAUAUACCAAGUGCUUUGCAUUAGUAUAACGAUGAACUGUCCGUACGUACAACAGGGGAGCAGAGGAAGUUAAUUCUAGGCAACUGUCCAUUACUUGUUUACUUUGAUUCCUUAACCCGGAAGUGAAACUUGAUCUUUCGUCAAGGCAUAGAAGACCAAACAUUGAAUGUACAUUUUAUAACAGACUCCAGACUUGGGACCAAAUUAUCCAUCUCUUUUUGUUUUGGUUGAAGGUGUUAGUUGGUCUGUUUUUUUUUAAAUGAAGAUCUCAACUAAUAUUAACCUAUUCUGUAAUUAACUAAUCUUUUUUUUUUUUUUUGGCUACAGCAUAUGACGUACAUAGCGGCACGCCGCUUGUUGAUAAACAUAGGUGGAUGCAUUGCGGCCACCGACAGCAGUCAUAGAGGGCUUUCCAAAUGACUUCUGGUCUAACAGAAGGGAACAAAA